GUGGAAGAAGCAGCCCGGACUUCUCUGUUUUGCAGUCGGCUGAUCGCUGCUGUUGAGCACAUGACAGGAAAGCACGGAGGCUGCGGGGAGAAAGGGCAGAGCAAGUGAAGCAGAGCAGCCGAUGAGUUUCUGCUCUGUGUAACAGCCGAGGCUCUGUAUCUUUAUAAGAGACCAUUGUGAGGGUGAGAAGCUUCAGAAUCCCUCCAAAUAUUUUGAAGUAGAGAAGAAGAAAUGUAUCUUGCAAAUCAUGGUGCAACAUCUGGAGACAUAUUUGACUGGGACUAUGUUCUGUGGGAAGUUCGUUUGAAGCUACUAGCAGCUGUUUUUUUAAUCUAUGUGGGAGUAUUUCUUCUAGCUCACUGGCUGUCCUCAUGCAUCAGUGCUAGUUAUCGCACCUUGUCAGGAAAAGAGAAGGUCUCAUGGAAUACGUCUAUCACAUCUGGCCUGUUUGGAAUUCAGAGUUGUAUAGCUGGGUUGUGGGCCUUGCUCAUUGAUCCAGUUUUUCAAGCUGACAAAGUAUAUUCACAGCAAAAAUGGAGCUGGUUUCACUGCUUAUUAGCCUCUGGCUUCUUCUUGUAUGAGAGUGUAGUUAUUCAUGUGUCUGGUAUUGUUUUCAGAACAUUUGAUGUGCUCAUGGUAGUUCAUCAUUUAUUUGCCUUUGUUGGGCUUCUUGGUCUGAUAAUUAACAUAAAAUCUGGGCACUAUCUCCCCCUGAUGGGACUGCUACUUGAGAUGUGCACUCCUUUUGGCUGCCUCUCCUAUGUGCUUUCAAAGAUUGGCUAUGGUAAUACCCUUUUUUGGAAGGCAAACCAAUGGGUAAAUAUUCAUAUGCUUCACUGCCGCAUGGUCCACAUGUAAUAAAUAAGGUGGGUGUGUAUUUCCCAUUGGAAUGACGUGAUGGAAAAUCUGGGACUUCCAUAUUUUAUUGUUUUUUUCAUGGGGUUAAGUACACUUACAUUAAUACUUAAUCCAUACUGGUUAUUCAAAACGACUCAGCAUCUCUUUGGUCCAGUUGACAGGAAAUUUCCAAAUACAGCAGUGAAAAAUGGAUCCUCUGAAAAAUUAAAUUGUGAAACAUUCCAAAAGAAGAAGAUAUAAUUCUGCAACAGCUAUGAGAAUAACAGUAAAACAUGGCCUGAAGAACAUGGUGCAGGUUUAUUAGUGAGUGCAUGAAAAUAGAAUUGCUUACAAGAAGUCUAUGAAUAUAUCAGUCUCUUUGCAGAUUGCUAUCAGUGUACUAUACUCAUUUAUCAAAAGUGUUUUAAAAUUGUUUCCCUUUAUAGUUAAAACGCACACAAUCUUUGUGUCAGGAUUUAUGCCAGUAAUUUUAGUCUAAGAACAUAAUAUAGUUAAAUCUCUUUCUGGGGGAAGUGGCAAGUGAAAGGUAAGGGAGGUGUCAUUUGAUUUAUAAAAAUCUACAUACAGAACCAUAGUUUAAAUGGCAGGAGGGAUUCACUGCCUCCCCUCCCUUCUGUCUCCCUCAGGUCCUACUGCUGUUGGAAAUUUUGAUAAUACAGCUUUCUCAGAAAUGGGUCAAGUUAGGGCUUUGAAUAAUACCCCUCUUCCAUGAACA